AUGGGAAGAAGGCCACCAGAGAGAAAUCCUUUGUUCAUGAAGAUCAUAGUUACAGAUUUCCCGAAAAUGCUGAUAAUACCACCCAAGUUUGCGAGGCUUCAUCUCGGAACCUUGGCUAGAAAAUGUAUACUGAGGCCUACUGGUACGCAAGAUGCAUGGCUCGUCAGAACCAAACAGAUCAAUGACUCUUUGUAUUUCAAGAGAGGUUGGAAGAAGUUUGCACAACAUUAUUCAUUAGGCUUCGGGGACUUGCUAGUUUUUCGAUACAAAAAAGAUUGUGAGUUUCAUGUGGACGUGUUCGAUAAGUCUUGUUGUCUUAAGGAACUAGCUGUUAAAUCCCCACAUGUUGGGUCUCAGAUGGACACUACCUCAAAAUUUCCCAGGAAGAAGAAAAAAUUGCAGACUAAAGCAAGGCCCGGCAAGGCUUUGGAAGCAAAGUAUCCUUCCUGCCCGUGUGUUAUGAAUACCUCUUACUUGCACGGACGAUAUCUGCAUGUUCCUCCAAGUUUUGCUAAGCAAAUGAAAUUGAAAGAGGGUGCCAACAAGGUGAAACUUGAGUGCCGGGGCAAACAUUGGGAUGCUGUCCUCAGUACUUAUCGUAAAAAAGGUAGUAGCAUGAUAAAUGGUGGCUGGUCUGCUUUUGUAAAGGAGAACGCUCUGCAAAUUGGCGACACUUGUGUCCUGGAGCUCAUUGAUAGAGAAGAUGCUCUCAUCAGAGUUACGAUUUUUGAAUGCACUAAUUAAGAGCCGUAAGCAGAGAUAUGUAUGUGAUCGGAAGUACUCCCACAUCCGUUUUGUCUUUCGAGAGAUAUCUU